UGGGCGUCGCAUGCAGCAAGAUCAGCCGUGAGCCUGAGGUGGCGGCGACGGAGGCUGAUAACAUGCGGAAGCCGCAGCUGGAGCGUGUGGUGUCAUCUUUAAACGUUCCAGCGAUUGCGGCAGCCCAUGUUAUUAAGAGCCACGUCGCCCAGGGGCCAGAUGAGCUCUCUCUGGAGGUUGGAGACUUGGUGUGCAUAGUUGCUAUGCCACCAAAGGAGCUGAGCCCCUGGUGGAGAGGCAAGCGUGGCUUUGAGGUUGGGCUUUUCCCUGGUGAGUGCGUGGAACUCAUCAGUGGAAAAGUUCCCGAUUCCCUCCUCAAUUCAUUGCCAAAGCCAGAGCCAAAGAAAUGGGGCAAGCUCAGUACCUUCCUUUGCUCCUUGGUGAAGGCCCGCCCCAGGAGAGCGAUGCAGCCGGAGCCGGAGCCAGAGAAGGAAGGGGUGUUUGGGUGUGACCUGGGGGAGCACCUUCUCCGCUCUGGCCGUGAUGUGCCACAGGUCCUGCAGAGCUGCGCUCAAUUCAUUGAGGAACAUGGCGUGGUGCAGGGUAUAUACCGCCUGUCCGGCGUGGCGUCCAGGAUCCAGCGACUAUGCCAUGAAUUCGAUUCGGAGCAGGUUCCCGAGCUCAGCGUCCGAGAAAUUCACAGCGUGAGCUCCCUGUGCAAGAUGUACUUCAGGGAGCUCCCAAAUCCUCUGCUGUCCGACCAGCUGUAUGACAAGUUCUCGGACACUGUUUGCGCUGCUACAGAGGAGGAGCGGGUGCUCAGAAUGCAGGACGCCAUCCAGCAGCUGCCCGCUCCUCACUACAGGACACUGGAGUAUUUGAUGAGACACUUGGUGUCUCUGGCUGGGAUCUGCUCGGUGAUAAACAUGCAUGCGAAGAACUUAGCGAUAGUGUGGGCUCCAAACCUCUUAAGAUCCCAGCAGAGCCAAUCUUCCUGCGCCAGUGGUGAAGCUGCCUGCAUGGAGCUGCAGACACAGUCAUAUGUUGUGGAAUUCCUCAUCAGCCACGCAGAUGUCAUCUUCUGCUCCGAAUCCACACCAGCCGUGGGAGAGGGUGAGCAUCUUCCUCCAUUAGCUUGAUCUUGAUCUGACAGCUUCAUCCAAUCCAGGGCUUCUCCAAGACCUUUGAAAAUUCUAUUACUGUUGAGGAGACAGCAGGCUUCUGGGCUUAGAUUAGAAUAUGGCACCCUGUUGCUGGAUCCUUAGUGUGUCCAAACCCAAACCUUACAUGGAGAAAACUGUCACUGCUGUUAAGAUGUUUUGCCAGCAGGUGAUGCAUGAUUGAAUUGUGGCAGCCAAUCUUUCUGAGUUCCCUGCCCCCUAGUUUU